AAUGGUAAAGUUUCUCAUUAAGAUCUGCGAGAUUGAAUUGUCCAGACCUAGGGCUGGAAUAAAAGAGAAAUCUUUCAGAAGAUCAGUGAGACAGUAUCUGAAUUUUCUGGAGCAUUUUUAAUAGAAAAGUGAAAAGUAUCAGACUGGAUAUUAUUCUACAACACUUUGACAGCAAAAAAUCAGUGAAACAUAAUAUUAGCUUUCUGGACUUUUUCUACAGAAAUGCCAUCUGGAACUGAAAAUACUUUUCUGAUAGCUGCAAUGGGAGAAUUCGUAAUUGGAAUGUUGGGGAAUGGGUUCAUUGUAUUGGUUAACUGCAUCAACUGGGUGAAGAGCAAAAAGCUCUCAUCAACUGACUAUAUCCUCGCCAGUGUGGCUCUCUCCAGAAUCACCCUUCUUUGGAUAACACUAACUGAAUCAUUUCUCAUGGUGUUGCGGCCACAUAUAUAUGCCAGUGAAAAACUAGCAACACUUACUGGUAUUCUUUGGAGCCUGUCCAAUCACCUAGCUACCUGGUUUGCCACCUGUCUAAGCAUUUUCUAUUUCUUUAAAAUAGCCAAUUUCUCCCACCCCUGCUUUGUCUGGCUGAGGUGGAGAAUUGGCAAAGUGCUACUUGUGCUUCCACUGGGAUCUUUGUUCCUCCUGUUUUUGCAACUUGGAUUAAUAGAGUCAUUCAAUGGUUUCUGGAUUAAAGUCUAUAAUACACAUGAAAGAAACUCAACAUGGUCUUCAGGUGCAAGGGAAACUCUGUAUCUUAACAGCUUUGUUACUUCUAAUUUUAUCUACCUAAUUCCCCUUCUUCUGUCUCUGAGUUCACUGCUCCUUUUAUUUCUCUCCUUGAUGAGACAUACCAGGAAUGCACGGAUUAACUCCAGCUCUAAGGACUUCAGCACAGAGGCCCAUAAAAGGGCCAUGAAAAUGGUGCUAUCUUUCCUCCUACUCUCCAUACUACAUUUUUUCUCCAUCGUAUUAACAGGUUGGUGUUUCCUCAUAGUGGGGACAAAGCAGGCCAGUUUGGCUGUUAUGUUAACAUGGACUAUUUUUCCUUCAGGCCACUCAUUUAUCCUAAUUUUGGGAAGCAGCAAGCUAAGACAAACUGCCUUGGGACUACUGUGGCACUUUAAGUGCCACCUGAAAAGGGUGAAACCUUUAGCUGCAUAGACUUCACCAGAAUUUUCUAUAUUCCAAGAGAAUCAAAUCAUUGAAGAUCCAUUUUAACUUCUGUUUUUCUCACUGGAUUCUUUUGGAUAUGAUUGAGCAUCACAAACUUUUCCUAGAAUGGCCUAUAAUCUAACAAUCUACUCAACAUUUUUUUAAAGGCAAGCAUCAUUGUCAUUAUAACACUUGCUAGUAACAAAGUAUUUGAGAUAAUAUGAAUAUAAAAUAUAUAGUGCAACAUUAAUUUUAUAUGGCCUUGCAAAUAUUUAU